AUGGGGGGUGGUCGCUGCCUCCGGUUGUGUUUUCUCUGGCGGGAUGAGGGGGGGCGCUAUUUUCCAAAACGACCCAAGCAUGUGCUUGUAGUUGAAGUGAAGUUUGAUGGUGAACUGUUGGCUACUGAUCCCAUAGAGCAUAGUGAUCAGCCUGAAUUUGCUACGGAAUUGGCUUGGGAACUUGAUAGGAAAGCGCUUCAUCAGCACAGGCUGCAGCGUACGCCUAUCAAACUCCAGUGUUUUGCAUUGGAUCCCCUAUCUUCAGCUAAAGAGAAUAUAGGCUAUAUUGUACUUGAUUUACGGGCUGUGCAGGAAAAAAAACAGGCACCAAAAUGGUAUCCUCUGCUUAGCAACAAGUACACUAAGUUUAAACCUGAAAUACAAGUAGGUGUUGUGUUGGAGACUGAUUCAAAAGCACUGAUUGAUGGCUUUAAAGCAAAGGAGGCACCCCCUAGAGAAGGGAAAGCAUCUGCCCUUCUUUCUGGUCUAGACCCUAAGAGUAUUGUACCAGUCUUGAAUGAAGAAGAGGGCUAUCAUCAAAUUGGACCAGUAGAGUAUUGCAGAGACUACUUUGUCUUGUCUGUAACCAUUGCGUUUGCCACACAGUUGGAGCAGUUAGUGCCUAGUACUAUGAAGCUUCCUGAACGACAGCCCAAGUUUUUUUUCUACUACUCAUUACUGGGAAAUGAUAUCGCAAAUGAACCUUUCACUGAUUUAAUUAAUCCAAACUUUGAGCCAGAAAGAGCUUCAGUUCGAAUACGUAGUACAGCUGAUGUCCUUCAAGUUUAUCUUUGUGCACAGUCAAAAUUGCAGAUCCAUCUUUGCUGUGGGGACCAGUCUCUUGGAAGCACUGAAAUACCCCUGUCUGGACUACUGAAGAAUGGAAAUGUGGACAUUGAUCAAUACCCUGUGGCAACAGAAGGAGCAUUUGUCCUUGUUCCACCAAAUAGAGCUAAACAAAAACUGCCGCAGUUGCCUCUGGAUAUGGCUCCUACUGUUGGCGUAUCUGUAAUUCUGCAAAGGGAGAGCUUGAGUGUCCAGCCUGUGAUUCCUUUAAAUGCUCCAACUGAACCUAAAGAGCCACAGGAGAAAGUUCUUUCACCUGAUACUGGAAAAACAGAGGGCCUGCAACAGAGAUCCCAGAAUGUCCCAUCUCAAGCUGACCACACUUCUUCAACAGAAGAUGAGGCAACAGAAGGUGAAGUGGAAAGUCUUAAGAUUGAAAAAGGCAUGAAACUAAAGAAAAAGGGGCUGGUGGCUGAGUCUUGCCAAGAGGAUAACAAACAGUAUACUGAAGAGCUUCCAGCUUUCAAAUUGCAGAGCAGACCAAAGUCACCUCUAUUGUCAGAUCAGCAAAAUUCCACUGAUAAUGGUCCAGUAGCUAUGUCUCAGCCCAACCCUGUGGGUGCAUCCAGUUCUUCUGAGCCUGUGUCAGCACAGAAAAUUGUCAUUCCAGCAGCCUCUCACCAUUUUUGCUUUUCAAUAGACUUACGAAGCAUACGUGCUCUAGAAGUUGGUUUUCCAAUAAAUUGCAUUUUAAGGUACUCGUAUCCAUUUUUUGGCAGUGCAGCACCUAUUAUGACAAGCCCACCUGUAGAAAUCAGAAAGAACAUGGAAGUCUUUCUUCCACAGUCCUACUGUGCAUUUGACUUUGCAACUAUACCUCAUCAGCUUCAAGAUACAUUCUUCAGAUUACCUCUGCUGGUUGAAAUGUGGCACAAGGAUAAAACAGCUAAAGACUUACUACUUGGGGUAGCGAGACUUCAGCUUUCAGAAGUUUUGGCUUCAGAAAAAACCCGAUUCUUGGGUGGUAAUGGUGAACAGUGCUGGCGUCAGACUUGUAAUGAAACAGUCAGUGUCACAGCAGCACAAGGGUCAGGCAGCAGAAUAGCAGAGCUUUCAUAUGCUAUCACUUUGGAAGACUACGGGCUUGUUAAAAUGCAAGAAGUUCUGGUGUCAGAUUCAUCUCAAUGUGUAGGUGCUGGUCAGCAACGACAUGUCCCUCACACUCAGCCUCAUUGUGCUCCAGAAAUCCAUCCAGAACCUCGAGAAACUCUUGAAUACAAGGCAGCAUUGGAGUUAGAAAUGUGGAAGGAAAUGCAAGAGGACAUUUUUGAAAAUCAGCUUAAAAAGAAGGAAAUGGCCCAUAUGCAAGUACUUGCAGAAGAAUGGAAGAAAAGAGAUAGGGAGAGAGAAGCAUUAGUGAAGAAAAAG